AUGGAUCCUAUCAGUAUCCUUAACCGGAUAUUCGCCACUCCAGAAUCGCUGCAAAGAGUCCAGGAGGUCCAGGACCAUAUAGAACUUUGCCAGUAUUAUCUGGAGUUCGAGCUGGCCGAGGCUCUGAGUCUCGACGAGCAGGAGCAGAGUGCUAGAGAAAGGGCCCUGGCUGCCCCCCAAAAUCUGGCCCAUGUCCUCCAGCAAGUGAAAGAAAUGCAAGCUGUUGGUGAAAAAACACGCCAGCAAGUGUACGAUAUGACGAAAGACAUCAAUAAACUCGACAAAACAAAAGACAAUCUCGUGCAGUCGGUAACAAUCCUCAAGCGGUUGCAAAUGCUGAGCAAGGUCUAUUCACAGCUGGAAAUUCUUGCGAAAAACCGGAACUACAAAGAGCUUUCGUCGGCUGUUUUAGUUGCCAGCGAGUUGAUGAGCUAUUUCAAGCCGUUCAGAUCACUCCCCCAGGUUGCCGAGCUCAGCCAGCAAAUCAGUACGAUUCAGACUCACAUCUACGACCAAAUCAAGCAAGAUUUCCGUGAAGUGGUCCAAGGCAAACCUGACUUAUCCCAAGGUGGGUUGGCCUAUGCCUGCGAGGCAUUGGACAGUAUCAACCAUGACGCCAGGGGCCAGCUCGAGGAAUGGUACUGUACAACUAUGCUUAAAGAGUAUGGCUCACUUUUCAAAGUUGGUGAAGAGGCCGGAUCGUUUGAUAAUGUGGGCAGAAGGUAUGCAUAUCUCAAAAAAGUCUUUUAUUCUCACGAAAACAGCGAGACUCACUUCCCCCAGUCGUGGAAUGUCGGCCUAUUACUGGUGAAUCAGGCAUGUAACUAUACCAAAAAGGACCUUGAAAUACUGUUGAAACAAUUCAGCACAAAUGCCAGGGGCGCUGAACAGAUCCAACUGCUCCUGAACACGCUAAAUGAGACCUUCGAGUUUGAACACUACCUUAGCCGGAAGCUCGGCUCAGAGUUCAAGGCAGAUCUGUCCACAGUAUUUGUCCCCUAUCUGUCAGUAUGGGUUGACUACCAAGACCGUCAAUUGGCCGAAAAGCUGCGUGAGUUCCGAUCCCCGCAACCUAUUGACCCCAAUGUUAAUGUCGAAGUUAUCCCUUCCUCGGCUGAUUUGUUUAUUUAUUACCGGCAGGCUCUUGCUCAAAUGAUCAAAAUGUCUACUGGGGCGCCCCUGCUCCGACUCAGCCGCGUCUUUGCCAAAUGGCUAUCAAUUUACAGCUCAAACAUCCUCGCCAACUAUUUGCCGCAGUCUAUCAGCAAUGAAGAAGAGGAUGUGGCUGCAGUUGGGCUUGUACUACACACCGCUGAUUAUUGUAUGAACACGACCGAUCAGCUUGAGCAAACGAUCGCCGAACAGCUGGACGAGAACCUACAAGACAAUCUCAGCUUCGAUGAGGUCCGAGAUGCCUUUUUCGCUAUUGUCAAUAACUGCGUCGACCGGUUUGUCAAUUACGUUGAAAUGCAGGCUGAACUGUCCUGGCGUGAAAUGGCUAAUAUGAACUGGGGCCGCUUGACGAGUGCGGGUGAUCAAAGCCUCUACGUAUCUCAUCUUUGCGCAACCAUCAAAAGGAGCGUGCAGCUCGCCUUGAAGUCGGUCGCCAAACUUUCUACUGCUCGGCUGAUUUGCGACAGAGUUGUUGACGCUAUUACUCUAGGGUACAUCACCGCAGCUAUGCGUACAAAACCAGUUAGCGAGAUUGCUGCUGAACAGAUGCUCCUGGACCUGUACAUGCUAAAAGGAACACUGCUAGAGCUCCUAUCGUUAUGGCCCCAGCACGAUAAGGUGAAGCAAGAAAAAAUUGAGAGCUACCGGCAUACUACGUCUAAAACCGUCGGUAAAGCGGAGAAUGUGCUUCAGGUGCUACACGUCAAACCUGAGCCUAUAGACGCGUUUGUGGACAACUACUUGGUAUUUGUUGGCGACAGGUCUGUUUCUAAUUUCCGCAAGAUUCUUGAGGCCAAAAACAUGCGACAAACAAGCCGCGUCAUGGAUAUGUUCAGGUCAAAGGCUGCGGAGAACGCCGAGCUGUCACAUGAAGCGCCCAUGCUUGCUGCUGUCCAGCUAGUAAAGCCGAUCUCUCGUGCCCGCUCCCCUGCCACUCCCACAGAGCCCGUUGUUUCUAAAUUCAACGAAAACAUCCGCAAGUUUGGUGAGUUUCUCCGUCGCGACGGCCAGCAGAGCCCUCUGCCCAAUCGGUGA